ACUAUAUAUGAAUCUUAAUGUUGUAUUUUAAAGGAAUUUCUAAACGUGUUCCUUAUUUAGUGUUUUACACUGGAUUAUCGUGAAAGCCUUGAGGUUAACAUUUAAAUUGUUGGAAGUAAAUGAUAUUUAUAAAAUUAAUAUCUGCACCAACGAAAGAUAAACACAAAGUUCUUCUUGGAAUUUCUAUCAGAUUUAUCUUUACAAUGUCUACCUAAUGUUUAGAAAAGGAAGUAAACUUCGGUUGAUAAUCAUUUUUGUAUGUAUUUACAUCUAGAUUUAUAAAAAUAAAAACUGAAGUUGUGGUUUACUUUAAAGAAAGGUUGAAAAAAAAAUGCAUUUUUAUAUUAAACAUGAAUUGAAACAGUAAAUUAAAAAUAACAACUCACAAACAUACCUUAUCCAGGUAGCGAAAUUUUAAACUGUGAGGUUUAAUGCGGUGAGGAAAUAAAGUGUGUUGUGAAACAGCAAAUCAUGGAUGUUUAAUGGUUUAGAUUUAUUCUCCUUCUGUAUCGAAAUGGAACAAUUUUGGAUUAAAAUUAAAAUAUGGCGAGAACAGAAACCUGCUUUUAAACAUGAAAUUUAUGAUUAAGAUGGCUGGUUCAUUACCAUGGCAAAGGUGUUCAAUAGUCCAUCCAGCUAGUCUUGCAAAGCACCCUCAAACGUGGACAAAAGAGGAAAUUGGGGCGUGGCUCAGCUGGUGUACAGAAGAAUACUCCAUUGAACCAAUUCCAUCUGAUAAGUUCGAUCUUAACGGAAAAGCACUUUGCCUGCUGUCACGUAGUGAUUUCAUGGAAAGAGUUCCAAGAAACGGCGAUGUUUUAUACAACUGUCUACAAACGUUGAUAUCAAAACAUGCUGGUAGUGGUGUGUUGUUUCAUCCGGGGCUACCAGGGACAAGUACCGUUCAGGAUGCUUAUCAGCCAUUUACUGGUGGUCAAAGAUCGUCAAUAUCGACAUCAAUAGCAACCUGUCUAACAGCCGUGCCUCGGUCUAGUUACGUACCAAUUAAACCUCAUCCAUAUAUAUCCCUUCCUCUAGGACAUCCUCAUGACGAUACAUUAAAUACACUGGUUAGAUCAAGUGUACAUUUUCAAGAACAAAUUAGCCCCGGACCCUCGUCAUUAUUGGAGCAGCGCCCUCUAGGAAUAGAGCAUAGUUUAGAGUCAUUACGUCAUGACUCAUCGUCUGACUGCCGCCUUCUUUGGGAGUUUAUAUAUCAGCUUUUAUCAAACACAAAAUACAGCAACUACGUAUGUUGGGAAGACAAAGAUGAGUAUGUGUUCCGAAUAAAUAAUCCAACAGGACUUGCAGAGUUAUGGGGGCAACAGAAAAAUCGAACAAAUAUGACAUACGAGAAAUUAUCACGUGCUUUAAGAUACUAUUACCGGAUGAACAUAAUAAAGAAGGUCCAAGGGAAAAGAUUAACAUAUAGGUUUUUGCAGCCGCCAUCUUGUAUACAAAAAGGUCAAAGAGGUGCUAAACCGCAUUAUAAGAUACAAAUGGACAUGAUUCUUGAACAAAGAUCUCAACAAAGCAUCAAGAAAGAUCCAGAAUCACCAGUAUCAAGUGGUGCAACAGCAACGGCAAGUUACAGUCCAUCCAUAGAGGAAGGUUAUAAAUCUUCAAAUGACGAUUUAGAUGAAUUGGAAAGCGACAAUAGUUCUAAUGUAAUCGGAAGUAGUAGAAGUAGUCCAGGUGCAAUGAUAUCUAGUGAAAUGGAAAAUAAAGCGGAACGGUCGGACAAUGCCGAUGCUUUACUUUCACGAACAUCUUCUGUCAGUUCACAAACUAUGUCACGAUCUCUCUUUUCCAGUCAGAUUCAGUUUCAGCACGGAAUUAAACAUCCACCCUAUCCAGUAAUGCCCCCACUCUCUGAACAGAGAUUCAUUCCUGUGGUCAAACAUGAAACACAGUCUGCAUAUACAUCAUCACAUACGUUACAAAGGGAACGCUUUUUACUUCAUCCUCGAGAUGCUAUACAUCCAAUUUUACACGGUGUUAAAUCAGAACACGAAAGAAUGAAAGUACCUGCCAUGCAAUUUUUAGAGAAAAACGUACGAUAUCAAGAAGGUAUACACAGAUCUCUAUCGAGUGAUUUUGCUCAAUCGCUUCAGGUCCAACAAUAUGCACUCCGUCCAACUCAACCACGCUCAGUCAGUCCGAGAACGGACGUUCAAGAGGAGCCACAAGACCUCACAACAAGGAAAAGGGCACGAUCCACCAUUGACCCACCUACCGAGUCUCAAAGGCCUCAAAGUUUCCAUUUUACAGGAUACUCCUCAGGUAAAAGUGAAAUGGGCCCGGGUGCAGAUUCCCCAACUACUUGUCAUGAGAGUAUUUAGUUCCACCCAAUAAUAUCCCACAUACAUUUCAUUAGUUUUAUACCAUCUUUUGUAAAAUUGACAGUCAAGUGCCUUGUGUCUUUUUAUUUAACAAUGGUUAACCUUUGUGAUGGCAUCGUGUCCGUUUUUUUUAACAGGGUCAAAUACAUGUAGUUUUCAUAGACUUAUAGAAGGACGCAUUUAUAAUAUAUUUUCUUACCCAACGGUUAUAUUUUUAAAGUGACUAAAUAUAAUAUGAAAGAUACUUUCAAUGCCCUACUCUUGCAGAAGAAUGACCCUUUUCUAAGGUGAGCGAUGGAGAGUCAUCAUGGCCCUCUUGUUAAUAACUAAUAAUUUAAACGUUAAAACCAAAUGAUGGUGCUUGCAGUCACAGCAUAGCAUGAAUGUGUUCAUUUAAAUUCAUAACAUUUGUGUGGAGUGUUUUGUCACUCAUGGUCAAUGAAACUGCUGUAAGUUUUGAUUGGAGAGAAUCGUAGUACAUUAUAUAUGUCUAUAUAAUUACAUGCAACGAAUCGACCGUUACCGCAAACAAAUGUAUAUUGCCGCAAAACUCAGUUUGAUUAAGUAUGACCUUACAAAAUGUAAUUUAUCGAGUAAAAAACACACACAAAACAUUUUAUCAGAAAGUGAUUGACUGAUGUAAAUAUUUUAAAAGUUUGAAAAUAAAGUGUUUUUUUUCCAUUGUUGACAAAUAGAAUUUAAAAAAAAACUCAAUUAAGUAACAAGAUUUGUUUUAAAAAGGUUAUUGUUAUUAUAAAUAUAGUAUUAUUUUUAAGUCGCAGGAAGUCAAUUGUUAUUUGCAGUUUCAGGCAUUUUGCCCUGGAUAUAAGAUAUAUAUUGGGGAUUUAUUUUAUUUUACACUUUUUUUACUAAAACCGGAAGCGACAGAAAACCCUUAAAUAAAGAUAAAACCUUUAGGCCUCAAUAGUUACGUGUUAUUCCAGUUGUUAUGUUUCUGUUUUAUUUUAUUAUAUACUGUAAUAAUUGAUGGAAAACUAAAAAUAAAUCUAUGUUGUUUAAGAAUUCUGUAAUUCUGGUCCUGCGUAGUUGUUAGAUGUUAGUUUUGAUCCAAAAAUUAUGUAUGCAUGAUUUAAAUAGAGAAAGUAUUUAAAGCAGUAUGCCUCCAAAUUUAUGAUAAUUUUCAUGAAAAUUUUCAAAAUGUAUUAAAAAGGACUGUCAAGUGAACAAAAAAGUAAUUUACACAUUGCAAAGUCAGAAUAUGCAAAUACGUUAGUCACGCAGUAGGAAUAUGGUGAUAAGGUAAGACCCUCUUAAUAGGCACUGUAAGGAGCUGUAAAAGUGACAACAUAGGACAGUUAUAUGCCUCAAAGGACGACUGUAUAAAGUUUACCGUAUGGUUUAUGAGUUAUGGACAAUUGUUUUUUUUUUUUGUUUUGUUUUUUUCAGAAAUGAGGAAACCCUGUUAAUCAUUAUUAAGAAAACAAAUAAUAGCGUUCAGCUAACAAAUCACACACACAAAGUUGUUUUUACUCAAAAUGUUUGAAAUUUGUAUAAAAAUGUUACCCUACCCCAUCCACUUUAAACAUUAAUUAAAAAACCCUUAUUCAAAAUAUCCCUAAAAUGUACCACAAUGAGGGGCUGUUUUCAAAGUUUGCCUAAAUUUUCUGGUUGAUCUUGCAAAAUAUACUUUUGUAGUUUUUAUUUAUUAGACUUUGAAAAUAUCAGGCACCAUAUUUGCUAUUAAACUUGGCAUUAUUUAGCCAAUACAUACCUUUAAUAAUUAUAUCAUCAAGGACCUUUUUAUUUCCAAAAGGGACCUGGGAGAUAUAUAUAUAAUGUAAAAAAAGGAAAAAAGUUGUUCCUUCUGUGCUUUUAACCCACGCCCCUCAGUUCCAAUGCACUUCACAGUAAUUCUAUAUGAAUACUCUUCAAAGCGGAGCUACUGCAUUAGUAAAUAUUUUAAUUUUCUUAAAAUCUUAGCAUAGUUUUCUCAAGAUUUUCUUGACAUAUUUUUGCUCGUCUGUAGGCAUGCAACUCUAAUCAUGUAUUCAUUUUCCGUGGGAAAUGAAGGGUUAUUGUUUUGGAUGUUUUCCAAACAUUGUCCGUCUUAACAGCCGCCCAUCUGAAGCGCUAAGUGAUUAUGACAAUUAUUUCCGUUUCUCCCGAAUCAUAGCUGGGAAACAGUAAAGUAUACUUCUUAAAAAUCUUCAUCAGAAUAAACAACAUCUUUAUGGGCAUCUCUACUUGUUAAUAUGAGAACAUAAACAACCUGGUUUAUCGCUGUCAAUAAUGUCACUUAGAAUGGCUUCACAAGUACAAGAUAUCUGUUAGUUCUUGUCACACAUAUUUCAAGAUCUCUGGAAUAAAACAAUAAAAUGUGCUGAGGCAUUCGAUGUGGUACUUAUGUGUAUAUUAAGUUACUGCAUUCAGUGCUACAUUCUCCCAAUUUUUUUCAAUGGGAAAAUGUUCGAAAUUGUUCAUUAUUACAUCAUAAUCAAGUUCAUUUGACAUACUGUAGCUAUGCUUACAAUAGUGGGACAAUUUAAGCGUAUGUUUACUGAGACUGAAAUUCAAUCAUAAAAAGGCAAAGGACGUACACGUAUACCGUUUUAAACAAAUAAUUUUACGCACGGUUGUUUACCUAUUAUAGUGUCUGUCCUGUAACAUAUUUUGUUGCUGACAAGGCUAUGUUAUAUUGUUUUGGCAAACAUGCAGUUUUGAAUAUUUUUCGUUUAUGUAUAUUGAAUUGCAAACAAAUCAUAAUACUAUUUAACAAAAUAAAUAAAACAAUUUAAAUCGUUAAAGAAAUUAUAUUAUCUUCUGGAGAAGAAUAAUUUUUGUUUAAUAUGUUGUUGCUCUUUUGUAACCAAAGUCAAAUUUACAAUUUCAUUGUUGCAUAAUAAAUUUUAUACAAAUUUAA